AUUCAACUUUCUCUUUUUUUUAACCCUUUGUCUCUUUUUUACUUUUUUUUUUUAUAACCGAUUGCAUGGAUCCAUUAGUGACUAAAACCCAGUCUAUACCUUCAUACCAUGCUGUCAUGGUCAAUGAGGAUACCAGUGCACAACGACUGAACCAGCUCGGAUACAAGCAAGAUUUACGGCGUACUUUAUCGUCGUUUGCAACUUUCGGUUUGGCAUUCACGAAUAUCGGUAUUCUUUCAAACACGUCGGCGACGUUUCAGACUGUGUUACAGCGUGGCGGACCCGUGGUGAUGCUCGUCAGCUGGAAUAUCGUUGCUGUAUUCAUGAUUUGCAUCGCUUUAUCACUUUCCGAGAUCUGCUCUUUAUACCCGACCAGCGGUGGACUUUACUACUGGGUUUAUGAAUUACUGCACCGCGGGAAUAAUAAAAAGAAAGCCCCCAUCAUCCAACAAUGUCGCAGUAGCACUUUCUUUUGGCAGUAUUGUGGAUCUCUUAUAUGGACGUACUUUGAGUAAAAUUGCGUUGAUGGUGAUCACAUUGGUCGUCACAUUGAUUCAUGGUAUCCUAAAUAUCCAUAAUUUGAGUGGAUUGGCUGUGUUGAAUCAAGUGAGCGUAUUCUGGUCAUGCGCUGGUCUGGCCGUGGUGAUGCUUGUACUCUCU